UGCUUGUGUGUGGUGGGUUACGCGCAUGCGCACUCUUUCGCAGUAUCCCAAAGUUUAUAUUCAUUAUAUUCGAUUAGUUGGUAUUGUUCCUGUUUCCUGAGCUCCAUUAUCAUAUUAUACAUCAUGAGUCGAAGAUGUUUCUUAUUCUUCCUUGUCCAGCUGCUGAUACACAAUGUGUUGGCGCAGAAUAUAGCAUACACAUGUAAAACCGUUGUAGGCGGUACGGUCAUCUUACCCUGUUUCACCAAAAACGCUGCACUGGUUGGGGAUGUAUUUUGGCGAUAUGAAGAAAGAAAAGAAAACAAAGCGGUGUUUGAUAUCAUCAGUGGUAAAGAAGAUUUUCAAGACCAGAGUCAAGAAUACAGAGGUAGAGUUAAAAGUUUUCCCACUGAUUAUGCAAAGGGAAACUUCUCCAUCCAACUGAUUGAUGUGAAGCUCUCUGACUCAGGAACCUACACCUGCAUCAUCCCUAAAUCCCCCCCGAACGUACUGCUGAUUGUUGAAGAAGAAAAAAAACAAAUUACUGACCCAAAAAAUGGUGAUGUCACGAGAGGAGCAAGCAGCGUGUUCCUGCUGGGGUGCAGUCUACUGUACAGCUUGGCCUUUUGAAGACAACACGAAGCUCAACUUGUAUGUAAGCACCGCUGCAAGAAAAACAGGAAGUUGUGAGGCAUACCUUCGCACAAACCUUUUCUAUUCUCCCGCUUUCACAUUACCAACAAUCCGGACAGAAACUGCUAUCUAGUUCAUAUUUUGUAGGCUGUUAUUAAUAUUUAAUAAGCCAACAUACACAGUACCCUCCGAAAGUAUUGGAACAGCAAGGCCAACAGGGGUGAAGGUAACACAAUCCACCAUUCGAAAAAGAAUUCAAGUGCAGAAAUAUAGAGAAACAUCUGUCAAUCAUGUCCCAAUAUUUUUGAUCACUUGAAAAAUCAGGUUCAAACAAAAGGUGCCAUGUUCUAAGUUGUUUAACACAUUUAGAUGUAAAUAUGAGGAAAUUAAAUCUGAAAUUCUAUGGUAUCAUAUUCAUCUUUUGAUCUCAAACCCAAAUGUCUUCACUGUAUAGCAGAAACCUUAGACUACAGCUGAAUGAAAUUAUUAUCAAUGAAGUUAUUCUGAUUAACCCUAAAUAAAGAUCAGCUGUAGAAUCUGUA